GUGACCAUCAGCAAGAGCCUUCCAAGUGCUCUCUGGCUGGUCUUCCAACGCUCAACGCUGUUCAUUUCUCUUGGGGUGUCUUUUUAAGUUUUCCCACCAUGCCUACGAGGGCAAUGCCGGUAUAUCAACAGACACAAAAACAAGUCUGCCAAGAAUGUCAGAGCUCUAAACAUGUUACCCAGCAAAUCUCAUCAAGAAAAUCAAGCUCGGUGAAGUCAGUGAAGAAGGAGCAGGUCGAGGCCACUCAGGCUAUGGCGGAACCAGCCUAUAAGGUGCCAACUUUCAGGGAGAGGGAACCUGAAGGAAUGCAGGAGUAUCAGCGCAUGGCUGCUCAUUUCGGAAGAGACCUGAGUACCAUGCAGCAGGAGCUGCACAGGAUGAGGGUUGCCACUCAUGAACAAGUGGAGAAUAUUGAGAUUACAAGAGAGGUGAGGGAGAGGAUGUCAGUGAGGAGGGAGUACCAUACUGACACACCCAAAGCCCCAGAUUUUCUGGUGGGUCUGAGGUCUCACACUGUGUGGGAGAAGACUCCAGUUAAACUCUUCUGCACUGUGGCUGGCUCCCCCACCCCCAUUGUCAAAUGGUAUAAGAAUAAUGUUCCCAUUGACCCUCUGAGUGCACCUGGAAAGUACAAAAUUGAGAAAAAAUAUGGAGUACAUGGUCUGAUUAUAAGCAGAUGCUCAGUAGCAGAUUCUGGUGUGUACAGUGCUGUGGCUACCAACCCUGAGGGAAAGGUCACCUCUAAAGCCACAGUGUGUGUGAGAAGACCAGCCGGAGCAGCAGAGAGCGCUCAUCUGCCAGGCCAAGUGCCCUUGCUGAGUGGUAUCCAUCGUAGCAAGUUGGAGGUGACCCUUCUGGAUAGGUUUGGAGUGACAUUUGGCACUGAGGGCGAGUCACUGACCUUGGUGGCCACCAUGGUUGUGGUGCCCGACCUACCUAAUCUGCCACCAGAGGCUUUGUGGUAUAGAGAUGAUACUCUGCUGAAGCCAUCCAGAUGGGUUGAGAUGUCUGUUGGUGGUGGUGCUGCCAAGCUCACUUUUCCUCAUCUAAACAAGGAUGAUGAGGGUCUGUACACCCUCCGCAUCUGGACCAAGGAUGGAACCACUGAGCACAGUGCUUACCUGUUUGUCAAAGAUGCUGCUCCCUCAGUGGUUGGGGCCCCGGGUUCUCCCAUGGAUGUCACAGUCUCUGAUGUCAAUAAGGAUUAUGUUCUGGUCUCCUGGAAACCUCCGAACACUACCAAUGAACCUCUUAUCACUGGUUAUUUUGUGGACAGGCGCAAGUCUGGAACUAAAGACUGGGUCCAGUGCAAUGGCUCUCCAGUUAAAGUGUGCAAACUCCCUGUGGAUGGGCUUACCGAGGGGGCCUCCUAUCACUUCCGGGUCCGGGCUGUGAACAGUGCAGGCAUCAGUUUGCCCUCCAGAAUGUCUUCUGGAGUGACUGCUGCAGAGGUGGAAAGUGAUGUGGAAGUGAUUAAAAUCGAGGGGAAAUAUGAUAUUGUGGUUCGACAGGAGGAACUGCAAGGAGUGUAUGUUACGUUGCUGGAGCCCCCAACUGAAGUGCAUGCUACAGAAAUAAAUCGAGCAUAUGUUGUUUUGAGCUGGAAACCGCCUAGCCUCCGUGGACGGGCACCUCUGUGGUACCUCAUCGAGAAGUCAGAGGGCAACAGUAAUUUGUGGCAGAGAGUCAACACAGGUGUGCAGAUCCGCUCGCCCCGUUACGCCAUUUUUGACCUGGACGUCAAGAAAGCAUGCCGUUUCCGCAUAAUCGCAGUCAACAAGUACGGCCCAAGCGAGCCAUCAGAGCCCUCAGAUCUCAUCCAGAAGGUGGAUCCUCAUGCCACUGUUCCAAGCAUUGGAGUUCCCUCGGCUCCAGGUCAGGUGAUAGCUUCCAGAAACACCAAAACUUCUGCCUUUGUACAGUGGGAUCCCCCCAAAAACCUGAGCAACCUCAUGGGCUACUAUGUGGAUUGUUGUGUUGUUGGCUCCAAAGUCUGGACCCCCUGUAAUCACAGACCCUAUAAGCACACCAGAUUUGUGGUCCAUGGCCUGAUUCCUGGUGAAACUUAUAUUUUCCGUGUCCAGGCAGUGAAUGCCUAUGGCCUGAGUGAGGAGUCUCAGGAAUCUGCUCCCCUCUUCAUUGAUGCUGCUCUCAAGAGAGGAGUCGAUUAUGCUGCUCCUUCUGCCCCAUAUGGCAUCACUCUGCUCAGCUGUGAUGGAUCCUCCAUGACCUUGGCUUGGAAACGCCCUAAAAACACUGGAGGAACCAGGAUUACCUCUUAUUAUGUGGACAAACGUGAAGCAGGUUCUCUCAACUGGAAAGAGGUCAGCCACAGUCCAGCCACUAGUAGGGUAUAUAAGGUGGAAAACCUGACCGCUGGAGUAUUCUAUGAGUUUAAGGUCCAGGCUGGCAAUCUGGCUGGCGUUGGUCUGCCAUCUGAACCCAGCAAAGCCUUUGCCUGUGAGGAAUGGACCAUGCCUGAGCCUGGCCCAACAUAUGACCUCAGUUUCUGGGAGGUACGGGACCACUCUCUCCUGCUGCAGUGGAGGGCUCCUGUGUACUCCGGUGCCAGCCCUGUCACUGGUUACUUUGUGGAAAUGGCCAAGAAGGGAUCGUCUGAUUUUGUCACGGUGAAUGCUGAGCCUGUGACACAUUGUUACCUGAAGAUAACUGGUCUGGAGACUGGAGCUUGGUAUGUGUUUAAAGUACGUGCUGUGAACGUAGCAGGGAAAGGAAAGGCCUCAGAUGUAUCUGAUGCUGUGUGUGCAAAGGCUCUGCCAGAUAUCAAGGAGAUUGAGUGUGGUGUAGAUGAGGAAACUGGAGAUAUUUUCCUGUCCUUUGAGGCUUCUGAGAUUUCCGAGCACUCAAAGUUUACUUGGUCAAAGUCCUACAAAGAAAUCAGUGAAUCCAACAGAGCCUCUGUCUCAACUGUGGGAAGACGCUCCAGGCUGACGUUUGUUAACCCCGAUAAGGAGGAUUUGGGCAUCUACUCUGUGGCUGUAUCUGACACAGAUGGACUCUCUUCCAGUCACACUAUCACUGAGGAGGAGCUCAACAAAGUGCUUGAACUCAGCUACAAUAUCAGACAUCCAAUUGUUCCCCUGAAGACAGAGCUGAACUAUGAGGUUCUGGAGAAGGGCCAUGUGCGUUUCUGGCUGCAGGUCCAGAAGAUGUCUUCUGCUGCAUCCUACAGAUUCAUUGUGAAUGAUAAGGAGGUCACCAGCGGUGAGGGUCAUAAGAUCAGCCACAAUGCUUCCACAGGCCUCAUUCAGAUGACCAUUGAACACUUCACCAGGGCCAAUGAAGGCACAUACACCCUUCAGAUCCAUGAUGGAAAGGCCAAGAAUCAAAGCUCCCUGGUGCUUGUGGGAGAUGUCUUCAAGGCUGCACUGAAAGAGGCUGAAUUCCAGAGAAAGGAACACAUCAGGAAGCAAGGCCCUCAUUUCUCAGAAUAUUUGACCUUCCAUGUGAAUGAUGACUGCACAGUUAUGCUUGUUUGCAAGUUGGCCAAUGUGAAGAAAGAGACCACAUUUAUGUGGUUUAAAGAUGAUGAAGAAAUUACCCUUGAUGUUGCACCUAACCCAAUGUCUGGAACCUGUGCUCUUCCUAUCCCCCUGUUCUCCAGAAAAGACCAAGGAGUUUAUAAAGCUGUACUAGGUGAUGAUCGUGGAAAAGAUACAUCUGUGUUUGAAAUUUCUGGCCAAGUAUUUGAGGAUAUUAUCAAUGCCAUUGCCCACAUUGCUGGGUCCUCUGCUUCUGAACUAAUGUUGCAGUGCACUCCAGAGGGCAUCAGGCUGCAGUGCUACAUGAAAUACUACACAGAAGAGAUGAAGACCAGCUGGUUCCACAAGGAAAGUAAGAUCGCCUCCUCAGAAAAGAUGAGAAUUGGAGGCACAUCUGAAAUGGCCUGGAUGCAAAUCUGUGAGCCCACUGAUAAGGAGAAGGGCCAUUACAGCAUCGAGAUCCACGAUGGCAAAUCUUCCCACACCCGUAGCUUCGACCUCUCUGGACAAGCAUACAAUGAUGCCUAUGCAGAAUUCCAAAGACUCAAGGCUGCUGCAUUUGCUGAGAAGAACCGUGGCAGAGUAGUGGGUGGACUGCCAGAUGUUGUGACCAUUAUGGAGUACAAGACCCUGAGUUUGACAUGCACAGUGUGGGGUGACCCUAAGCCAGAAGUCACCUGGUUUAAGAAUGAGCAGGAAGUUUUGUCUGAUGACCACAAUCAGAUAUCCUUUGAGAGUGGCAAGUUCGCCAGCCUGACCAUCAAGAAUGUCACUGUAGAGGACUCUGGCAAGUACAGCAUCAAUGUGCGCAACAAGUAUGGUGGUGAGUUUGUGGAGAUCACUGUCAGCGUCUACAAGCAAGGCGAGCCAAUCCCUGAACCCAAACUGGGACAGAUGGCUAGACCUACCCCAAUACCCACUUCACAGGCACCACCCUCCAAACCCCAAACUCCUGCACCAUCUGUGAAGGCCCCAACAGCCGCUCCAUCCCCAUCUGUUAAAUCCCCAACCCCUACACCACCUCCAUCCAUAAAGUCCCCUACCCCAACUCCAAAAUCCCCAACCCCACCAAGAAGUGCCAAGUCCCCCACCCCACCCAGGUUUAUGAGGUCACCUACUCCCACUAAAAAGUAAACAAAAGGCUUUUGCUCUUAAAGUUAUGUUUCAGAUAUUGAUAAUGCAAACGUAGUGCUUGAUAACAACAUUUUAAUAACACUGACCUCCACAUUAGUUUGUUGUGUUUAAAAGAAAUGGCUCAUGAAUAAAUUGCUCAUUGACUCAUAAAGCCAUUUUUCAGUGUCAGAAACAUGGGUUUGAGUAAAUUCUCUUUGGUCACCCUAAGAGAACUCAAAUCUGGGUCUACAGUUUACCCACCCUAGAGGAAAAUGCAAAACAAAUAGUCAUCAUAGCUUUGGUCAGCAAGUUUGUGUUCGUAUGUGUUAUACUAGCCAAGCUAAAAAUAUAAAGAUUAUGAAGUUGAAACUAAAAGGUGCUGUUUACUAAAACAGACACCAUGUUUUUCUCAUCUUGUUCUGUAGCUGCCUUAAGCUUUGUGUUUGCAAUAAAACCGGUGAUCAACUUCC